AUGGAUUGUCUCAAUCUUAGGAGCUCUUUCCGUAUUCUGCUCUCGAUACAGUUGCUGCUAUCAUUGUUCAACACCUUGGUUGUAGCGGACUUAGCCUCGGAGAAGCAAGCCCUUCUCGACUUCGUCUCUGCAGUAUAUCAUGGAACCAAGCUCAACUGGGACAAAAAUACCUCAAUAUGUUCAUGGCAUGGCGUAAAAUGCUCAGCGGAUCAGUUACAAAUUUUUGAAUUGAGGGUACCAGCUGCUGGUCUUAUUGGCGCAAUUCCUCCAAACACUCUUGGCAAGCUUGAUUCUCUUCAAGUACUGAGCUUGCGGUCUAAUCGAUUGACUGGAAGUCUUCCAUCUGAUGUGGCCUUACUUCCUUCUUUACGUUCCAUAUACCUACAGCACAAUGAACUUUCAGGAGGGUUGCCUUCUUCCUUCAGUCCUAGCCUCAGUGUAAUAGACUUCUCCUACAAUUCCUUCACAGGAGAAGUGCCUGCAAGUUUACAAAACCUUACUCAGUUAACUGUCCUUAAUUUGCAAGAUAAUUCUUUCUCUGGAUCCAUCCCUGAUCUCAAGCUUCACAGUCUGAAACUACUAAAUCUGAGCAACAAUGAACUGAAAGGCUCAAUUCCUCGUUCGCUCCAGAUAUUUCCAAAGGGUUCAUUUUCAGGGAAUCCUGGACUGUGCGGGCUACCUCUAGCUGAAUGCUCAUUUCCUUCACCAACGCCCUCACCUGAAUCAUCUUCAUUGCCUCAAUCUCCACCUUCGCCACAUCAUGAUAAGAAACUAGGCACGGGUUUCAUAGUUGCAGUUGCUGUUGGUGGGUUUGCAUUGCUGAUGCUAAUUGUGGUUGUGUUGGUCAUGUGCUCUUCAAAGAGGAAAGGCAAGGACGAGAUUGAUGUUGAAUCCAAAGGUAAGGGUACUGCCACCAGGAGUGAGAAGCCGAAGCAAGAAUUCAGUAGUGGUGUCCAAAUUGCUGAGAAGAAUAAGUUAGUGUUCUUGGAGGGUUGCACCUAUAGCUUUGACUUGGAGGAUCUACUGAGAGCUUCUGCAGAAGUCCUUGGCAAGGGUAGUUAUGGAACUGCUUACAAAGCUAUACUCGAAGAUGGUACUGUUGUGGUAGUCAAGAGAUUAAAAGAUGUUGUGGCAGGGAAAAGAGAGUUUGAGCAGCAGAUGGAGCUCAUCGGGAGGUUAGGCAAACAUGCAAACCUAGUCCCGCUACGUGCCUACUACUAUUCCAAAGAUGAGAAGCUUAUUGUCUAUGAUUAUAUUGACACUGAAAGUGUUUCGGCCAUGUUGCAUGGUAUCAGGGGUGUUACUGAGAAGACACCAUUAGACUGGAACUCCAGAGUGAAGAUCAUCCUUGGGACAGCAUAUGGAAUUGCGCAUAUACACACAGAAGGGGGCGCGAAGCUCACCCAUGGCAACAUCAAGUCAACUAAUGUACUCGUAGACCAAGAUCACAAUCCUUCUGUUUCGGACUAUGGCCUCAGUGCUCUGAUGACUGUGCCGGUCAACGCAUCUCGCGUUGUGGUCGGUUACCGUGCUCCAGAGACAGUUGAGAACCGCAAGAUCACCCAGAAGUCCGACAUCUACAGCUUCGGCGUCCUCCUCAUGGAGAUGCUCACAGGAAAGGCCCCACUCCAGACCCAGGGGAACGACGACGUCGUCGACCUGCCGAGAUGGGUGCACUCGGUGGUCCGGGAGGAGUGGACGGCCGAGGUGUUUGACGUGGAGCUGAUGAAGCACCAGAACAUCGAGGAGGAGCUGGUACAGAUGCUGCAGAUAGCCAUGGUGUGCACGGCAAAGUCGCCAGACCAGCGCCCGGCAAUGGAGGAGGUGAUCAGGAUGAUCGAGGGGCUCCGCCAGUCCACCUCGGAGAGCCGAGCGUCGUCUGAUGAGAAAUCCAAGGAGUCGAACCCUCCAUCAGUGUAA